GGUGCAGGAACACGUCUCUCUUGGUAGGGAAUGUGGACUAUACUGUGUUCUGUCUGCUCUGGUAAUUAUGGCCCUACUAAGCUCUGCAAUCAACUGAUGGAAGGCCAGGCAGAUAAAGGAAACUUUAAUAGCGUGACAUCCCUCACAAUAGCUUGCAUUACUCAAGACAAAGGCUUGGAUGAAAUAAAAGCUUCAGAUGGAUAUAAUAAUAAUAUGGGAGCUGCCCUACACUGAACCAGACCAGCUAGGUAAAGGUAGUCCCCUGUUCAGGCACUUGAAGGACAGCACUUAUAGCGUAAAUCGCCAACCCUGGGAGGAAGGACGGAAGGAGAGCUGAGGAAACCCCGCCCUCUUUCUUUUCGGCUUCUGACGCCAUUUUGCAGGUACAUGGCCGAGGCCCGCUGCUCUUCUGUUCUCCUUUCAGAGUCGCUAACGGGGCUUGUAAGAGCCGGGGUCCCUCUGGGUGAGAGGAACAAGGUGCAUCAAGAAAACAGAUUUUUAUUCAGCUUUAAGAUAGCCAGUGAGGUCCUUGGUCUUCAGUGCAGUAAUCAGACAAGAUGACCAAUACAAAGGGGAAGAGGAGAGGGACUCGUUACAUGUUCUCGAGACCCUUCCGCAAACAUGGUGUUGUCCCUCUGGCCACAUACAUGCGCAUUUACAAGAAGGGUGAUAUUGUGGACAUCAAGGGCAUGGGUACAGUUCAGAAAGGAAUGCCCCACAAAUGUUACCAUGGCAAAACAGGAAGGGUAUACAACAUUACCCAGCAUGCUGUUGGUAUUAUUGUGAACAAGAAGGUUAAGGGCAAGAUCCUCGCCAAGAGAAUUAAUGUGCGUAUUGAGCAUAUUAAGCAUUCUAAGAGUAGAGACAGCUUCUUGCAGCGUGUGAAGGAAAAUGAAAGAAAGAAAAAGGAAGCAAAGGCAAAAGGCACUUGGUUUGAACUGAAACGCCAGCCUGCUCCUCCAAGAGAAGCACACUUUGUGAGAACCAAUGGCAAAGAGCCAGAGCUUCUGGAACCAAUUCCAUAUGAGUUCAUGGCAUAAUGUAUAUUUACAAAAUAAAAUCUUUUAGAGAACUGAAA